AUGACUUCCAAAAGACGGUUUUCAAAUCAGAGUGACCAUAAGUCAGUGGUUGAAAGCUCAGUUCCCGAGCACGCUGCCGAAAUCGCCGAGGAACUAAGCAAGAAGAAAUCCGCUUGGCACGAAGAGCCGUUGACCCACCAUGACGCCGGUGAGUUUAAUCAACUACAUCGUCACAAGACCACCGCGGCACAGGCUGCACAGCUAGAAAGUGGAGUAAAAAAUCCUUUUACGGGGGGCGCGUUUACUCCCCGCUACUUCGACAUCUUGAAGAUCAGAAGAGAGUUGCCAGUAUAUGCUCAAAGGGAUGAAUUUUUGCGGAUCUACCAGGAAAAUCAAAUCAUGGUCUUUGUAGGUGAAACGGGUUCGGGUAAAACUACACAAAUACCACAAUUUGUGCUAUUUGAUGAGAUGCCGCACUUGCAGAACACACAAGUCGCCUGUACCCAACCUCGACGUGUUGCGGCUAUGUCAGUAGCACAGAGAGUUGCAGAAGAAAUGGAUGUCAAGCUUGGCGAAGAGGUUGGUUAUUCUAUCCGUUUCGAAAAUAAAACAUCCAAUAAGACUAUUCUUAAGUACAUGACAGACGGUAUGCUACUUAGAGAAGCCAUGGAAGAUCACGACUUAAGCCGUUACUCUUGCAUUGUACUUGAUGAAGCGCACGAAAGGACGCUGGCGACAGAUAUUUUGAUGGGUUUGCUGAAACAGGUGGUUGCACGCAGACCAGAUCUUAAGAUCAUUAUCAUGUCUGCAACGCUGGACGCCGAGAAAUUCCAGAAAUAUUUUAUGGAUGCACCAUUACUAGCCGUACCUGGUAGAACUUUCCCGGUCGAACUUUACUACACUCCCGAGUUUCAAAGAGACUAUUUGGAUUCCGCGAUCCGUACCGUUCUCCAAAUUCACGCGACAGAAGAGCCCGGUGAUAUUUUGCUGUUCCUGACUGGUGAAGAAGAAAUUGAGGAUGCAGUUCGAAAGAUCUCCUUAGAGGGUGACCAAUUGAUGAGGGAACAAAACUGUGGUCCCAUCAGCGUUUACCCCUUGUACGGUUCACUGCCACCACACCAACAGCAACGCAUUUUCGAGCCUGCUCCCGAGCCGGUCAAUGGCAGAGCUGGAAGGAAAGUUGUCGUGUCAACUAAUAUUGCCGAAACCUCGUUAACCAUUGACGGUAUUGUGUACGUGGUAGACCCUGGUUUCUCGAAGCAGAAAGUCUACAAUCCAAGAAUUAGAGUUGAGUCGCUUUUGGUAUCACCAAUCUCCAAGGCAUCUGCGCAGCAAAGAGCUGGUCGUGCUGGUCGUACAAGACCUGGUAAAUGUUUCAGAUUAUACACCGAGGAGGCUUUCAAACGAGAGUUGAUUGAACAAAGCUAUCCUGAAAUUUUGCGUUCGAACUUGUCAUCUACAGUUCUGGAAUUGAAAAAGCUUGGUGUUGAUGAUUUGGUUCACUUUGACUUCAUGGAUCCCCCAGCACCUGAAACCAUGAUGAGAGCCCUGGAAGAAUUGAACUACUUGGCAUGUUUAGAUGAUGAUGGAAAUUUAACACCCCUGGGAAGAUUGGCGUCGAAUUUCCCGCUGGAUCCAAUGUUGGCUGUGAUGCUAAUAGGUUCAGCAGAAUUUCAUUGUUCCGAGGAAAUGUUGACUAUUGUUGCCAUGCUUUCGGUGCCAAGUGUCUUCAUGCGUCCUCCAAAGGACAGGAAAAGAGCGGACGAUGCCAAGACAAUUUUUGCCCAUCCGGAUGGGGAUCACAUCACAUUGUUGAACGUAUAUCAUGCGUUCAAAUCAGAUGAAGCCUAUGAAUUCGGCAUUAAUAAAUGGUGUCGCGAUAACUUUUUGAAUUACAGAGCUCUAUCUUCUGCCGACAACAUCCGGUCACAAUUAGAAAGACUAAUGGUCCGCUACAGCUUACAACUGAAUACCACGGAUUUCGAAGACCCUCGUUAUUUCGAUAACAUAAGAAAGGCAUUGGCAGCUGGUUUCUUCAUGCAAGUUGCCAAGAAGAGGUCUGGCGGAAAAGGUUACAUCACAGUGAAAGACGACCAAGACGUUCUCAUUCACCCUAGUACCGUGCUUGGUCACGACGCCGAAUGGGUUAUCUACAACGAGUUUGUCCUCACCUCAAAAAAUUACAUUAGAACUGUUACGUCUGUAAGACCAGAAUGGUUGGUUGAAUUGGCCCCAGCAUACUACGAUUUGGACAACUUCAGGAAAGGCGACGUAAAACUUUCGCUCCAGCGUAUCAAGGAGAAAGUCGAUAGAGUGAAUGAAAUAAACGAGGAAAAGACCAAGAAGAAGAGCAAGAAGAGCAAACAUAAAGAUUAG